AUGUCCGAGAACAAUAAAGACUUACAGGAAGAAGAGUAUAUGGCCUUAGAAGCCAUUUACGGGCCGGACGUUGUUAAGAAAGAAAACGAAUCGUCGGACGACGCAUAUAUUGUGACAAUCAACCUCGACGACGAUGACGAAACUUUAAAGUCACCGAGAAUAGUCGUUGUGCGCUUCUUUUUACCUCCCACAUACCCCAGCAAUGAUCCACCCAUUUACGAAGUUUCUUCGGUAUACUGCGGCACCCACCGCAUCGAUAAUACCAUGCUGGACAAGAUUGACAACGAAUUCCAAGCCAUGUUUCAACCGGGGGAGGUGGUAUUGUUCGCGUGGAUCAGCUGGUUACGCGAUUACUUGGAAAAUGAAGUUGAAAAACCCGAUGAAGAGGCACUAUGCAAGCAACUGGAGCUUCAAAAGCUCGAAGACCAACCCGAAAAAAAGUUGGCUUAUAUUGCGGUUUGGUUUUCCUGUAAAAAAAAGGAUCCAGUACAAGAAGAUAACGCAAAGGAGAGUAGGAUGAACGAUAUUGCGGCUGCAGCACCACCCAUAUAUACUUCUCCAGAUGCGAUUGUCGAUAGAAAGUCGACUUUCGUGGCACACGUCGCCAAGGUGCAUAAUGUUGAACAAGUACGGGCCGUCGUGGCAAAGCUUUUGGAGGAUAAAAAGAUUGCCAAGGCUACUCACAAUAUGAUGGCGUACCGAAUUGAGUUACCCGAUGGGCACAUACUUCAAGAUAACGACGAUGAUGGCGAAACGGCUGCAGGCGGUCGCAUGAUGCACUUGUUGCAAAUCACAGAUGUCAAGAAUGCAGUUGUAGUCGUCAGCCGGUGGUUUGGUGGCAUUCAACUCGGUGCGGAUCGCUUCAAGCAUAUCAACAAUUCGGCAAGGGCCGCUUUAGUAGACUGUGGUUUUAUCAAACAAGACAACAAUAAAGCCAGUAAAAACAAGCGCAAGAAAUAGAGAGCUUGCAUAAAGUGCAGUAUUUCAAUUUAGUUCUGUUUGUUGUUUGGCACAUGUGUGUGCAGUGUAUGUGCUUAUAUGAUUCGAGCGGUGUGACAUUAUUUACAUGAUAUCAGUGGUGAGACUGAGGGAAUGAAAAAAAGACAGUGAGUUGGUUUAUGCGAAUACUGGUUUUCCAGAGGAUGCUUGAGCUUUUUUGGAAUAAGGAUGGAUGUUGUAAAGUACUGGAUCGCUAAUAGGAAUGGAUACGACAUCUUGAG